AUGUUUUCAUUUAAAGGAAGUCGUAGUUCAAGAACGAAUUCCAAAAAACAAAUCAGUGAGGAUAUAUCAGCGUACUAUGAUGAAGAUGUUGUAGCUGAAGAUCUGGCUGUUAGACUUGCCCUCAAAGAAGAAGAAGAAAAACGUCGAAAAGGAAAGGAAGCGAUCGAUGUUUUAGACUAUGAAUCUUAUUACCCGGAUGAAGAUGAACAACUUGCUAGAGCUUUACAAGAAAGUGAGUUGGAGUCUCAUCCUGAUGAUGAAUACGAAGAGAUCUUCUCCCUAGCUGAAGCACCACGAGGAGUAGUAUAUAGAGUCUGGAGGCGCAACAAGCCACACCAUAAACAUUGUCUUCAGGCUCCGAGGCAGGAGGAGCCUAGUAGCUAUCAUUGUGGUCCAACAUGCGAUGUUUGUAGCAAGGGCCUCCCGUCAGAUUAUGUAACUGACGGAUCAUGGGCCAACCAUAAGUAUUGUCGCUCGCACCAAAAUGAUGGCACUCCUAGUUGUUGCAGCUGCCAGAGGCUGGAGCCAAGAGAUAAAAAGAAUAUAUCACUGGGUGACGGUCGCAAACUUUGUUUGAAGUGUUUGGAUUCUGCACUCAUGUCUACCGCAGAAUCUAAACCUCUUCUCCAAGAUAUAGAGAACUAUUAUGAUGGUUUAAACAUGAGAGUUAAAGUAGAUUUUCCAGUGCUCUUGGUUGAUAGGUCAGCACUGAAUGGUGCCGUUGGUGAAGAAAAUACUCAUAAUGUUCAUAGGUUGCGUGAGGUCAGAGGCCUGACGACCUUUCAAACACAGAUGAUUAGACAUAUCCCAAGAAGGAUAGGAAACAUAUUCGGUAGCAUGCCAACAGAACCAUACAAAUUGGCCCCUGGAAAAUCGGUUGUGACUAGCAUUUGCGUUUUGUUUGGCUAUCCUAGAAUGUUAUGUGGACAAAUCCUUGCUCACGAGAUGAUGCAUGCCUGGAUGCGACAGAAUGGAUAUCCUCAUACACUCCCGUUGGAAUUAGAAGAAGGUAUGGCAAACGUUAUGGCUUACAGGUGGUUGGAGGCAGAGUCAGUUGCAGGUAAUGGAGGUGGUCGGUCAAGCAAGAGAAAACGAUCAUCGUUUGAGAAGGAACUUGGGGAAUAUUUCAUUAAGUCGAUGAUGAGUAAUCCUGAUCCGGUGUAUGGGGACGGAUUUAGAACGGCUUUAAGAGCCGUGGAUAGGCAUGGUCUUAAACCCACCCUCGACCAUAUUGGAAAAUACGGAAGGCUGCCAUAG